AUGGAAGUUGGACAUUCGAGGCUAUUGAUAGAUUUUGAUGACAAUAAGAUUGAAGAAGAUUUGUCCAUAUCUCUAGUGCAUUGUCAAAAAUUGGAGACAAGACUCGCAAAUUUUCAAGUCUUAAGGAUCCUAGAUCUAGCCUCCAACAACUUCUCAGGUCCAUUGAUUGAAGAAUGGUUUACAAGGCUAAAGCCCAUGACGAUUGGAUUUGGUACUGACAUGUCGGUGAUGAAAUAUGAAGGUUAUCAAAACCAGGUUCACCAAAUUAACAUUGUAGUCACAUAAAAAGCGUUUGAAAUGACAAUCGAGAAGAUACUAAUAACCUUUGUAUUCAUAGAUGUUUCGAACAACGAUUUCCAUGGAAGCAUCCCUGAAGCUACUGGAGAGCUAGUUGUGCUAAACACACUCAACAUAUCUCACAACUCACUGACAGGGCCAAUUCCAUAUCAACUUGGUCAUCUGAACCAAAUGGAGGAUUUGGACCUGUCCUCAAAUGAGCACUCAGGAGUGAUUCCACACGAGCUAGCAUCGUUGCACUUCCUGACGACACUAAACCUGUCCUACAACAAGCUGGUGGAAAGAAUACCAGAAUCAUAUCAAUUCCGGGCAUUCAGUAAUAGUUCAUUUCUGGGGAACGAAGAUCCAACGAUCAGAAGUGAUUUGAUACUGCGAGAUAUCGGUACCUCGAGAUACUUUUUAUUGGACUCUAAAAUUGCUCAUGACCUUCCAUUACAUCAUGCUGUUCCCUUUUUUUCUGGAAUAGGAUUUGGCCUCGUAUUUGCCACUGUAAUCGUAGUAGCAUGGGGAGUCCCCAUUAGAAAACGGACUAUACUAGCGCGGAGAGCCCUCUGA